AUGCCAAGAGGUUCUGCAAGCGCUGCUGCAAAAAGCAAGAAAGUUUCUAGUGCUCCUGCUCACCCAAAAUAUGCUGAUAUGAUUAAAGCAAUCAAGAAAUAUAUUUUGAAUACGUAUAAUCUUCCUGAUAAUCCAACUACAAACAGCCGUCUUCGUAUGGCUAUUACUAAAGGUUGUGAAAAGGGUAUUUUCUCUUUCCCAAAUGGUCCUAGUGGCACUCUUAAACUUGUAAAAAAGGAAAAGGAAAAGAAAGAAGUCGAGAAAAAAGAUAAACCUGUUGCUAAAAAAAUUGAAAAAAGUAAGACGACUACCAAGAGAGCUGCUCCAACUAAAAGAACCACUGAAAAAGCUUCUACUGGUGCAUUACCUCCUAAAAAAGCAGCACCAAAAGCCAAAAAAGCCACCACUGCUAAAGAAUCUACUAGUUCUACCAGAAAAGCCAAGCCAGCCGCUACUACUAGUACUUCUAAACGAGCAGCAGCUAAUAAGAGGAAAACUACUUAA